AUGAAAUUCACCACCACUGCUAUUACUAUCUUAUUCACACUUAAUGUUGCCUUUGCUGCUUCAAGUUCAUCUUCAGCACAUGUUGCAUCCGCUUCAAGUGUCGUAAAAAGUUCUUCUGCUGCUAGUGCUGCAAAAGUUUCAUCAAGUGCAUCUGCUGCUGCUAAAACUUCAACUCCCGCCUCUUCAGCUGCUAAGAGUUCAGCACCCGCUUCUUCGGCUGCUAAAUCUUCUUCUAGUUCUAAGGCUGAAGCUGUUGGAUAUGGUGAAGGAGGUGUUGCUGCUGGUGCUUUAGCCGCUUUAGCUGGUAUGAUUUUGUUAUAG